GUAGGUAAGCCGUACAAGUUACUUCUUAGGCAGCUGAGGCAGAUAUCUUUACCUACUAAUAGAUCCACUUCUAUAUCCAAGCAGUCUGUGUUGUGCCACAUCAACUUAGGUAAAUUAGGCUAAAUCGAUACACGGCCAACUCUACGCAAGUCUUAAGCUCUUCUAAGGGAGAGGAAAGGAGAGUUACUUAACGAAAGUAGAGGGAAGUAAGGAGAGGGGUACACCUUUUCUGGACGAUUUGCAAGGGCAAUGGAAGGAAAUGGUGUGAGAAAAAGUAAGCUUGCCUGGAGUCAAAGAAAAAGAGGGAAGAUUAGUCAGAACUCGGGGUUGAUAGUCUUCCCCGAUUCCAUUUCCCUCCAAAACCUUCCAUUGGAGGGAUUAUAAUUUCUUCGUUUGAAAAGCUGAUUUCUUUGUCCGGGAAAAGAUGGUAGCAAAAAUAUCAACGCACAAUUUGGGCAAAUAUCAGUUCUGCAUUAGUCAAGGAGUGCGCUGCCUGUCCAUGAAACAUUCUCUCCUAAAAAGAUAUUUAAGGGGCCGUGGAGUUUUGCACUCAGAAGGUGUCUUUUGACAAAUUAUUACUGUCGGCAUUAUGUAGUUGUAGAACUGCGUAUGAUCAUAAGCACCAGAUGCUUUCUAUUAUAUACGGGAUUGAGGAAUAUCGACCUAUGUAAAGGAAUUAGUAUUCUAUACAUAUAUAUAUAUAUAUAUAUAUGAUGCCGAAGAGCUGCUUCGACUUGAGAUGGACUCUGUUGCCUCCAAAUGGAAUUGGGACUCCACAAUUCCAUCCCUUGACUUGGUUCAACUUUCCAUCCGGGAUCUCCGAUGCGCAUCUCGGUUGAAGGCCUCUUUUGGUGCUGGGUGUGAAUGUAAUGUAAUGGGAAGAGAUCCUUAUAAUUGGAAGUCUUGACUAUUAUACAUUGACUGAACUCCAUUUUGUUUUCAUUUUCGAGUUCAUAUUGGCCCUUAAUGUCCCAAUCCGGGCCGACAACUCCAUGCCCUGGCAGAGAACGGUCGAGCAGAUGCGUUCUUACACGAGAAUAUCAGAAUAUAGUAAUAUAGCAAUCCAAGGAGUCUCCUAAUAAAAAGCCCCUUUGGUCAUGUUUUAAUUUGAGGUGUGAACUCUCUCUGUCUCUCUCAUUCCUUGGGAGCAUCGUUUAAGAUUAUGUAUGUGGCGAUUAAAACUAUGGCCCUAUCCCCCUAAUACAACUCACUCAAUGUCCAUGUUCAUUGAGCUUAAUGGCAGAAAUGUGGCAUUUCCUUUUUCGGGUUCCAUAUCUUACUUCGACGUUUUAAUCAGAGAUGAAGAGGGUUAGAUGUCUAAGCGAGCUUGCUGAUUAAUCGGCCUGUGAUCUGUAUUUUCAUUAAUUGUGAAGACUAUAUAUGGAUGCUCCGAGCCAUAGGCCGAGGGGUUUAAGAAUCCUGAAAUGGUUCUCAUGGAAGCACCGAAGAGCCGAUCACUUCCACAUCGAUGAACUUUCAGAUGAGAGUGACUGCGAAGACGAUGUAAACGAACUGUUUAUUAAUCCAGUGGAGAUUGAUCAGUCAAUUUCAGUUAAUGAGUUAAGGAUCUUCGUGGGUACAUGGAACGUAGCUGGAAGAUCUCCCGUAGGAAACUUAGUAGUGGACUUGGAAGAAUGGUUGAAUACCAACGACGCGGCCGACAUCUAUGUUCUCGGGUUUCAGGAGAUUGUACCUUUGAAGACGAGAAACGUGAUCGGGGCCGAGGACGGGACCCAAGCGAACAACUGGAAUGUCCUCAUCGGGAAAGCCUUAAACGAAAAGUCCGGUUGCCCGUGGCUCAUGCCCAUGCCAAUCUCAAGUGACAGUUUCUGCUACUCCACCACCAUCGAAUUUCCCUUGACUGAUCACCAGGGGACGAGCAUCAGCGGCCAACCUGGGAGCCCACUGAUAGACUGCCUGCAGACUUGCAACAGCCUAUCAAACCUGUCCUUGAGCGGGUACAAGUUGAUCGCAAGCAAGAAGAUGGUCGGGGUCUUCAUAAGUGUGUGGAUGAGGAAGCAUCUUCUGAGGAAGUACCAUGUCUCGAAUGUUCGGGUGUGCUCUGUGGCAUGUGGGAUAAUGGGGUAUCUGGGGAACAAAGGAUCAGUCUCCGUGAGCAUGUCAAUCGAAGGGACAAGCCUGUGCUUCAUUGCUGCACACUUGGCGUCGGGAGAGAAGAUUGGCGAUGAAGGAAGAAGGAACCGCCAAGUCUCGCAGAUCUUUCGCCGGACUUUCUUUGGUCAACCUCAUCAGUUCAUGAAAGAGGAUGGCCAUCUUCCUCUCACCAUCCUGGGACAUGAUCAGAUAUUCUGGUUCGGAGAUCUGAACUAUCGGCUGUGCUUGGAGGACAGCUUGGCGAGGCAGCUAAUUGAGAAGCAGGACUGGAGAGCCCUCCAAGAAUUCGACCAACUUAGGAGGGAGCUGCAGGAUGGAGGGAUCUUCCAAGGUUGGAAGGAAGGCGACAUCGAGUUCGCACCCACUUACAAGUAUUCCUCAUUGAACUGCAACAGAUACUCCGGUGGGUUGCCCAGAAGGUUCGGGGAGAAGCAGAGGACUCCUGCUUGGUGUGACAGGAUUCUUUGGUACGGCAAAGGAGUGAAGCAACUCUCAUACUUCCGCAGUGAGAGUAAAUUCUCCGAUCAUCGUCCCGUUUCAGCACUCUUCUCCAUUCAGAUUGAAGUCGUCAAGUCAACCACAAACCUCACGGCAAGGGUCGCUCCAUUACCAGCUGACCCCAUCGUUUUGGCAGGAACGAUGGUCCCAGGAAAAGAACAGAACAUUAAGAAAGAAGAGCCAAAACCGACUUUGCUGUCUAUGAUUGUCAAGGACAUCGAACUAGAAGCAUCCCCAACAAAUACACAGACACGAUAACAGAUUCUCAUUCACUGGCUUCUUUACUCCUUCAAAGGGAUAUUGAAAUACAUAUAGAGAUUGAUUAGAUUAAACUCCAUAGUUUACUUCCAAGAUUUCCUAGAUAUAGGUUAUAUACAUAGUCCCACCAAAAGAAAUGGUGAUAAUUCAUCUGUAAGCAUGUAUAUUACUUACUGAGUGAUAUGAUUUCGGGAUUGAAUUACCAGGAAAUUGUGACGGCUUUGUAUGUCGCAACAGAUCUGUUUAUGGAGAUAUCAACUGGAUAUACGGUAUGAUAAGAUCUUUAUGGUGUUCGUAUUUUCUGGAAAAGUUGGAAAACAAGAUGAACGAUCGCUUUGG